CUGUACCCCCAGCCCGGCCAGAACGGCCCCCGGGACAGAGCGACGCGGAACCCCGGGCGCCUGGGUCCCCAGCAUGAUCCUCGGCAGCCUGAGCCGGGCAGGGCCCCUCCCUCUGCUUCGGCAGCCCCCCAUCAUGCAGCCCCCACUGGACCUCAAGCAGAUCCUGCCCUUCCCACUGGAGCCAGCCCCCACCCUGGGCCUCUUCGGCAACUACAACACUAUGGACCCUGUGCAGAAGGCUGUGCUCUCCCACACUUUUGGGGGACCCUUGCUCAAGACCAAGCGGCCCAUCAUUUCCUGUAAUGUCUGUCAGAUCCGCUUCAAUUCGCAGAGCCAGGCUGAGGCACACUACAAGGGUAAUCGCCACGCCCGAAGAGUCAAAGGCAUCGAGGCUGCCAAGACCCGAGGCAGGGAGCCUGGCGUCCGGGAACCUGGAGACCCAGCUCCCCCAGGCAGCACCCCCCCAAAUGGGGAUGGCGUAGCCCCCCGUCCAGUCUCCAUGGAGAAUGGACUGGGUCCAGCCCCAGGAUCCCCAGAGAAACAGCCUGGCUCCCCAUCCCCUCCCAGCAUUCCGGAGACUGGUCAGGGUACAACCAAGGGCGAAGGGGGCACUCCAGCCCCAGCUUCCCUGCCUGGAGGCAGCAAGGAAGAGGAGGAAAAGGCCAAGCGGCUGCUCUACUGUGCCCUGUGCAAGGUGGCAGUGAACUCCCUGUCCCAGCUUGAGGCUCAUAACAAAGGUACUAAGCACAAGACAAUUCUGGAGGCCAGAAGUGGGCUGGGCCCCAUCAAAGCUUACCCUCGUCUGGGGCCCCCCACUCCUGGGGAACCAGAGGCCCCUGCCCAGGACCGAACCUUCCACUGUGAGAUCUGCAAUGUCAAGGUCAACUCGGAGGUCCAACUGAAACAGCACAUUUCCAGCCGGCGGCACCGAGACGGCGUGGCCGGGAAGCCCAACCCGCUGCUGAGCCGUCACAAGAAACCUAGAGGCGCGGGGGAGCUGGCGGGCACUCUGACUUUCUCCAAGGAGCUGCCCAAGUCCCUGGCGGGAGGCCUGCUACCCAGCCCCCUAGCGGUGGCUGCGGUGAUGGCAGCGGCAGCAGGCUCCCCGCUGUCCCUGCGCCCGGCCCCAGCCGCACCUCUUCUCCAGGGACCGCCGAUCACCCACCCCCUGCUCCACCCGGCACCCGGGCCCAUCCGAACUGCGCACGGACCCAUCCUCUUCUCCCCCUACUGACCUGAACCCCGAACCCCCUCCCAUUCAACACCUCCCCCCCCACCUCCAGCCGGGACCCAGGCCUCCGGGCUCCAAGCCUGCCCCUACUCCCGGCACUCCCUGAAUGAUCUCUCUCUCUCCUUCCCCCCCACCCCGAGGUACGGGGUUCCAGGAAAGGGGAGGGGUAGCGGGGGAGGGGGGCUUCAGAAGGGGGGGAACACCCCAGAUCUCAGGGAACCCCGCCCCCUGCCCUUCCCUCUCCCCUAGAAAAGGGGGGGCCGUCUCACCCCCGAGCCCCCUUGGAGACACCCCCCCUCCCAAAAGCCAUGUCCAUUCAGCCCUUCCCCCCCCAAACCUAGCACAAAACGGGGUUCACAAGCCAUGGUCGGAGUCCGGGGGGCAGAAAUGGAUUUUUCUUGGCAAUAAGCGGACUCUGGGACUCCGGCCCCUGCCCCCAAACUGAAGCGCUUCCGUGAACACCCCCAUCCUCCGCAGGGGGAGGGGAGCAGGCGGGAUCCUGGGUCCCUCAGAAGCACUUUGGUUUUACCGCCUGCAACCUCACUGUGCCCGCCCCGCACCAUGCCCCAGCCCCACGUCUAGCUGGGCCCAUCAUAGGGGGCAGCACUUGGGGGCAUCUCUGGCACUUGGGUGGGACCAAGUAGAUGCCCCUACAGACCCUUCCCUCACCUUCUUCCUCCCCAGUCUGGAUUCCAUUCUUUUCACCAGCACCCAUCGCCCAAGGGGUACCGAGGGGGGCAAGGGGUGUCCAGUCCGAGCCCACCCCCGCCUCGCCUUCCGCAAAACUGUGAGCAAAAA